AUGCCGCCAGAUAGAUGCCUUAGCAAUGCAGCAGUGGAAUACAUUGAAACCAGGGUGGAUGGCCAGCUGCACUCGGCUUUCGAGGAUCCUAAUACAGGAAUAAGAUACAACCCCACGAUAGACCAAUUUCUGGACCAGAAGCGACUCGAAUUGCAACAGCAGCGACAACAACAGGAAUUACAAGCCUCCAUUCAACAGUAUUCUCCCUUCCCGUCCCCCCCGUCGCCGUGCCGCGCUGAUAAAAUGCCGGGUAAUAGCCCGACAUAUAUAGACAAGCUCGUCAAAGAGCGGGAAGAAAGAUUCCAAGAAGCUCUUGACGCAUACCUCAAAACUCCCUCUGCCGAAAGGACCCCGAGCAAGCUCGUGGGGAAUACCACAUGGGACGACGUUCAGAAACUAAUGCGCAAGGCUGAAGACGAGUACCAUGACGUCGGCACCAUACGCAAACACCUGCGCAAAUUCAGUGAGAACGCGCCGAUAUUCAAUUCCUGGCUGACCUUGCUGCCCCAGGCCUCCUACUCCUCUACCAUAUACGGCGGCUUUAGGAUCAUGUUCGAUGCCGCGGCGAAGCUGCACGAUGUACGUGAGAAGGUGUUCGAGAUACUCGGCGAGAUCCCGGACAGGAUUGCCAAGACGCAGGUCUACGCCGAGCUCUACCGGUCUUCGCAGCAGGUACAGGAGAGGAGCGCGGAGUUGUAUGUUGCGAUUCUGGAUAUUUUUGAGCAUGUGCUGGGGUGGUUUGCGAAGAAGCCGGGGAGUAUGAUUACCGUUACCUUUUCACCCCGGGUGGGAGAAUGGUGGUGACUUACCUUGAUAUGAAUGGGGGGAGUGUAGGGAAAUUCGGAAAAGCCUUGUUGAAAGGCGAACUUUAUUCUAAAGAGAUUGACCUGAAGGUAUCGAAGAUGAGGGAUGUUGCGAAGAACUUGAGGGAGGAGGCAAAGCUAUGUUUGCACGAGAGCUUGAGGGAGAUGAAGAACGGUUUGUACCUCAUCGCUAAUGUAUUCAUAUUUUGGGAAGGCUUGCUGAUGCGGGGUUGUGCCGUAGGAAGCGUGCUACAAGAUAGCAGACUCCAAAAUAUGGAAUCAAUGAACCACGAGAUCCUCCGCAAUUCACUCAACGCAAAUUUUACUACCCAGAUGCAGAACCAGAUGUUAACAGAAAUCUACAAUAAGGUAUACCAGCUCCUCCAGAGCUCGGCCAACUAUGACAAAGACACCGGACAAGCCAAUGUCCCGCAGAUCGAGAGUGACGCCCGCGGGCGGGUGGCCCAACGGAAAGGUUUAGAACACUCUUCCCCUCACCCGACCAAUUAAUACCAGGCUAACAAAGCGGACAAACAAAGUCUACUCAAUUGAACUUUUGAGCUCGCUCUCAUUCUCCCCCGGCGACCUCGCAACCGCGGUAAAAACCUCCCUACGCCACGGCCACGGCGCAUCACUCGCGGAGAAAGACCGGGCGAACUGGAUCAUGAAGUCACAGCGCAUGAGCCAAUGGCUAACCUCCACAACCCCCAGCACACUGUUAAUAAACGGUAACGGCGAGCACAAGAAGAUCUCCCCGCUAUCAUUCAUAGCAGCCCUGCUGGUGCAAUCAUUAACCCAAUCUGAUGUUCCGGUCCUAUACUUCUUCUGCGGUGAAAAUACCAGCAGCAGUGGUGGUGGCCCGUCAGACUUGAUACGUAGCCUAACAGCACAAUUGCUAACACACUACGAUUUCGACCUGACCACCCUCCGUCACACGCGAAAGGGCACGCCAAAAACGACGAAGCAGCUAUGCACUCUAUUCGAAGGCCUCCUCGCACAAUUACCCGACGACUCAUUGCUCUUCAUACUCAUUGACGGGAUCACGUACUUUGAAAACGCGGAUCGCCGCGAAGAGACAUGUUUCAUUAUUGAGAGACUACACGAGAUCUCCCAAGGCGCCCACCCGCUUGUUAAGGUUUUGGUGACGGCGCCGAGUAAGAGUCGGUAUGUGGUUAAGGUGCUGCAGAGUGAUGGUGGAAGUGAUGACGAUGGGAAGGCGGGGGGGAUGAAUGAAGGUAGCGGCUGGGGGGUUUUGCAUGCUCCCGUAAAUCCGGGUGGUGGAAGAGUGGGGCUUAGUGUGCCAUAUUGGGAACGGCGGACUACUGGGAGUGUUACAGACUUAAGGAGAGCGGCGGAAGAGCAGAGCGACGGUAUAGUGAGAGAAGAGGAGGAUGGUGGGAGGAAAGGGAGGAAAGGGAAGGGAAGAAGGAGGGCAAGGUCGGAGGAAGGGAGGACGAGGGGGAGGACACGAUAA